AUGGUCCCUUCCAACAGCGAUAUUGAGAUGGCACCUACUUCACCUGUCUUGGAACGUACCUCAGAGUCGACUUCUAUCAAGGACAAGGACACUACAAUGCGACCGGAGGAGGAGCAGCAGCAGAAGCAGCAGCAGCAGCAGGACGAGAUAGAUAAGGAUGACAACAUGGCAACCAAGGACUCGCUUCAGACUGAGGAGGAUGCUUCAUUGUCGGCUGCAGAGGACAAGAAGGAGCCACUAAAGACCGAAGGCGAUAGUCAUGACACACUCAAGAUGGACACGGACGAUGGAACUGACGCCGACACAAGCAACCACGCCACAUCUUUGACCAACGGAAUAUACACUGCUGGGCAGUAUCCUGUAGAGAAAACCGCCGAAAAGAAGCCUAGGAAACAUGCCGAGCGGGAAUCAAAGCGUGGACAAAAGUCAUCCAAGGCCAAUGGGCACCAUCCAGUCGAGGAGGAUGAGCACGAGAUGGAACAUCAAGCGCAGCACCACCCUUCGGAUGAAAAGUACAGGCGCUUGAAGCGGAAACUCAAGGAAGUUUUAGAGGAAAAUGAGCGACUGGGCAUUGAGCUGGAUCGAUCGAACCGGAGAGCAAGGAACUUGCGCAGGGAGAAAAACAUUCUACUGGACAAGAUUUGUACUUAUGAACGGGAAUCAGACUCGAGUCCCGAUACUCUUUCGUCCAUGAGCAGUGACAGCGACCUGUCCGACUCUUCAUUGCACAGUCAUUUCCGAUCUCGCCGAGCCACCCCUACAAAAGCUCCUGCGCCGACUACCUCCAACAACAAGCACCUUCGAGUGCCAGCCGCCAAAGAGACCAACUCUUCCUCACCAGUCGCUCACCAUCCUAAAAAGACGGCUGGCAAGGUAGGAGGACGUCGGUCCCCUGCUGUCACAGGCCGCAAGGAUCACAAAGAGCCAGGACCAGCAUCGACACCUUCGACGAUCACCAAUGUUGGGUCCGCGACCCAAAAGCCUAAACGGAUCCAUAACUCUAGCAAGCUGAAGCCCAACUCGAACAAAAUCCGCAAGGUUCAGGUGCUGGAGAAAAAUGAGGAUGGCAGCAUCAAGUUCCCGGUGACGAUUGGUAUUAUCACCAUUAUGAAGAUUGGCCAUGUGGUCUCUGACCGCGAGGCGUUCCACAACGAGCGCUACAUCUGGCCUGUCGGAUACACCAUGUCCCGGUCCUACAACAGUAUGGUCAACCCGAACGAGCAGACUGUGUACACCUGCAGUGUUAUUGACGAUGGCGAAGCUCCAAAGUUCCAAAUCGAUGCAGAGGACCAGCCUAGCAAGCCCAUCAUUGCCGGAACAGCGACGGGAGCAUGGACACAUGUUGUCAAGACUGCCAACGCUAUUAGGAAACGAGACCAUUCGAACUCUGCUUCGGGACCGGACUACUUUGGAUUCUCCAACGCGACGAUUGCCAAGAUGAUCCAGGACCUGCCACACGCUGACGAGUGCAAAUCGUAUGUCAUGCAGCGUUUCGAGGAACCCUCUGUCAAGCCACCCAGCACCACCCCCGAGAAGCGCAAGAGUUCCAACAUGGGAUCGUCCAAGGGUGGCAAGGGAGGUGAGGGAGGUGAGGGUGAGCAGGGUGACAACGAGGAGGAUGAGGAGGAAGAGGAAGAAGAUGAGUAUACCUCGUUGGGAACACCAAAGAAAAAGAAGGCCAAGCGUGCGGCGUCACCCAAGGUUCUUCAGGCAGGAACUGAAGCAAACAAUGCCGACAAGUCUCGAGCAGCGAGUGAUGAUGAGAUGCAAGAACGUCAUGAGCCUGAGGAGGCUGAAGCUGAUGCCGAAGCUGAUGCCGAGGCUGAGGAGGAGGAGGAAGGUGACGAGGAAGAAGACGGAGAUGAUGACGAGCAGGAAGAGGUUGAUGUGUUGGAUGGUGAUGAGACCUUGUCGGAAAAGGAUACGGCUGAUGAAGACGUUGAUAUUGACGAUGACGACGAGGACGAGGAUGACGACGAUUCUGCCGUGGCUCCCUCAGCUUCGACUGCGACCAACCCCCCCAUUGUGAUCACCACCGCUGAGGAGGCCAGUGAGAGCGAAGACGCUGUCAAGGCUGACAUCACCGAGAACGCCACUAGCAUAGCGCCUUGA